AAGACCAGGCUUGAGCAUGAGCGCGAGAAGAGGGCGCUCAGUAAAGCGGAGGACAGCUCCCGCCAGACGCAUCCCUCCAGCUCUGUCGCGCAAGCAGCGUUUCGUGUCCGAGGGAAGCUAUCUGCACCGGAGCAGUCUGGCGAAUGGCUCAAGCCGGAGCACGCUUUGCUGGCCGAGGUGGCAUUGUCAAUGGCGCGAGCUGCUGCUGCGGGUUCAGCCUCGCAGACCGGCCACCUACAUAAUAACGCUGUACCCACAGGGAGGGCUGGGCACGAGCGGUCAUCAGCGGUGCGUUCUCGGACGGCCGCGCCCGAAGGGCUUCCUGUGCGCGCCUCGCGUGUGCGCGCGUCGGCGCCUCGCCAGCCCUCCCCUGUCGCUGCGCGCGGCCGCCGCACACCGGCCUCAAGCGAGGGCAGCGAGGGCAGCGAUGUGGAGACCUGGGUCAGGGCAGCCAGCGGCCGGCCCAGGCUGCGCACCGGCGUGACCAGCCCAGCCGCGGCCGCGGCCGCGGCCUGCCACAGCGCAAAGCCUUCUGCAGCUGCAGCCCCCGGCCCAGGACCCUCCAGGCGCCGUCGGCUGGGUGACGAGGACCCCGCCCUGGCCUGGCUGCUGCGCAGCAGCAGUAGCAGCGGCAGCAGCGGCGGUGGCACCGGCAGGGCCCAUGGCGUGGGGCUCGCGGGGGACAGCAGUGCCGACGACUCGGACGGGUACGGCCGCGCGGACAGCCGGGGCUCUGCGGCUGUGGCGUCGCUGGACGGCUGGAGCCGCCACCAGCAGUACCAGCAGCAGUACCAGCAGCAGUACCAGCAGUACCAGCACCAGCAGUACCAGCACCAGCAGUACCAGCACCAGCAGUACCAGCAGCAGUACCACGCGCGCACAGCUGCAGGAUACGGGCAAGACGGCCCCGGCGGGGCUGGCGGCUCACCGCUGCGCGGGAUCAGCCACCUCGGCUCGCCGCCGCGCUUCGCGUCGGCUGCCGGUCGUAGUGGGGGUGGCGGGGGCGGUAGCGCAGGCAGCCCAUUGCGCGGCUCCUCCUUCCAGCAGCACCAGCACUACCACCAACACCAGCACCCAGGUAGCCCCCAGCCGGCGCGGGACUAUGCCCGCCUGGCAUGUGGGGGCUCUCCCUCCUCCCGUCACGCGGCGCCCCCACCAAGGGCCUCGCCGCCUCAGCCGCCGUACACACGGGACAUGGCGUCCCAGCCGCGUCAGCAGACACCGCCGCUGCCGCAGCCGGACCCGCACCACCACCUGCGGGGCCACAUCCCGCUGCCGCCGCAGCUGCUGCACCCGGCUGAGCCCAUGCAGGCCCCGGACCGCCAGCCCCACCACGAGCAGCAGCAGCGGGACCCGCAGCACCAGCAGGACCCGCAGCGGCAGCAGCACCAGCAGCAGCGGGACCCGCAGGGGUACCUCUCGCACACACAGCUGCACCCCAGCCACCGCCCCGGGUCGCUGCACGGCCCGCCGCACGGCGCAGCUAGCCGCAUCCACGUCCCCUCCAGGCAGCCCGUGCAUUCUGACGCCUCAUCCGGCCAGCCACCCCACCCGCCACCGCAGCCACCACUAGCAUCCUCGGCCAGAUCGCACGUGGGCCCGGUGGCAGCGGCAGGCCGCCUGCCCGCACCGCACCCGCAGCCCGGCGAAUCCUUACACGCCACGGCGCAGGCAGUGGCGCAGGCGGCAGCGACGGUGGCGGGCGGCUGGCGCGCACUGCAGGAGGCGUGCCUGGCGUCUGCCGGGGCCAGCCCCGCCACCUCGCCACGCCUUGGCACGGCGUCGGAAAUGGACUUGGGCUUGGGGCAGCGCCACCACCACCAACACCAGCAGCACCAGCAGCACCAACAGCACCAACAGCAACAGCCGCAGUAUGACCAAGCAGCGCUCCGCCAACUGUACCGCAGGGAGGGCCUGGAGCCAGGCGCCGACACAGCAGCCGCAGCCCGCAUGGCGGGUCAGCUCUACGCACUUCAAGCCCAGCCGCUGGCGCACUCGCAAACUCACUUGCUGCAUCUGGCUGCAGGCGGGCCCUGGGUUGACCUGCCGCUCGAUGACUCACCCGGACCAGCACCCGGACCAACAGCAGUGCCACAGGGCGGGCCGGGAUCGGGGCUUGGGGCAAGGCGCGCUUCGCGCAUGCCUGGAAGCAGCGGCGUCAGGCACAGCGCGCUGGGCGUGGACGUGAAUGGGCUGGGGCUUGAAGUGGCAGAUGGGCUAGAGCUUGACGAGGCGUUUUCGCCGGCGCUGCGGCGGGCGGUCGCGGCGGCUGAGGCGGCGGCGGCGGCGGUCUCAGCCGCCAUGGCCGCACUGGGUCCGGAGGAGGGAGGCGGCGGCGCGGAAGAGGAGGCGGCCGCGGCGCAAGAGCAAGGCGGGAGGCUGCACAAGCCGCGGGCGUGGGGUAAGGUGGGCUGGGCGCCGCCGCAGCUGCAGGCCGGCGCUGGGAUACCGGCUGCGGCCGUAUCGGCGCCCUCUGCCACCAGCUCAGUUCGCGCGACUGCAACGGAUGGCAGCCUGCAUGCGGCUUACGCGGCGGCCCGCGAGCAUGACGGCGGAGCAGCCGGCCACGCCUCGCACCCCUACUCCUCCGUGCGGGCCGCCUCCUCUACCUCUGCCGCUGCCGCCGCCGCAGCUGCUGCUGCUGCUGCUGCACCUGCUUCUUCUUCGCCUCCAUCGCUGGCACACAGCGCAGCAAAGGGUGCCCACGCGCGACGGGCGUCGCGGUCCUGGGACGGCAGUGUCGUCAGCCAUGGCGUGAGCGGCAGGGACAGGCGGUUGUUGCAGGAUGAGAGGGAUGGGGCGGAGUCAGUGCAGGACAACUUCAGCACCAGCCCGACGGAUGUCGUGGGGCAGCUGGUGUGGGGACCGUGGGCAGGCGCCGCUGCAAUGGGGGGAGGGCCGGCACAGGUGGCGCAAGGGCGCGGCCCGGAGCCCUGGAGCGGCGAUGACGUCGGCAGCGACGCGCGCAGUGGGCUGCAGCCACGGAUGACUGCGGCGGGCGGAGGCAGUGGAGGCGGAGGAGGAGGCAGCGUUGGCGGCAGUGAAGGGGGCGGCAGUGUGGAACACGUGGCCGAGUCCGGGUUCCGCGGCGCCCCCAGCUUUAGCGAGCUGCUCACGGCCGCGGCGCUGGAGGCGGCGGCACUGGCGGCGCACCGGAGGGGCGGAGCUGGUGGCGGAGGUAGCGAUGCGGCUGCAGGUUUUGGGCACGGCUAUGGCGCUGCGGAAGAUGUAGCGGCCACCACCGCCGCCGCCGCCACCACUGCCGCCGCUGCCAUCGGUCCGGACGCGGCCCUGACGGCCGCGGCCUGGUUCGCAGACCCCGUGUCCGCCCUCACCGCCGCCGCGCUGCUCCGCGCGCGCGAAGCACUGGCUGGCCCUGGCGCCGCCGGCUCGCACCCCGCCUCGCUGCUGGGCAGCCGCCGCAGUACCGCCACCGAGGCGCCCAUCCCGCCCGUGACGGCCUGGCCGCUAGCGGAGCUGUCGCGGCACGCCAUGGCCCUGGCACUGCCGCCGGAGGAGCUGGCGGCGCUGGCAGCGGCCCUCGCCGCGGUGGCGGGCGCGGCAGCCGCCGCCUCUGACCGCACUGACACCGGUGGCGCCGGAGGUGGCAUCGAUGGAGGGGGUGGGGGUGGGCAAGGUGGGGAGUCGGGUGAGGGUGGCGGUCUGCGCCGCCUGCGCGCAGUGCUGGGGGCUGGUGGACUAGCGGGCGCGCAGGCGGCGGAGGCGGUGGAGGCGGCGCCGGACUGGCCGCCGCGCGUCCAGGUUCCGCUGGCGGCCUCUGGCGUCAUACAGCGCGUCGGCGGCGGCUACGCCGUGCGGCCUGGUGGAGAGGGCAGCGGCAGCGGAGGCGGUGGCGAUGGUGGUGGAGGCCUCGGAGGCAUGGGGGCGGAGCCACCGACGGCGUCGCCGUCGGCGUCCCCGGCUGGCGGCCGCAAGAGCUACUCCAGGCUGCCCUCGCCGCCGCCGUCACCCGGCGCGACCGCGGCCACUGCAGGAGCAGACGCCGGCAGAGGCGGUACCGCUGCCGCAACCGGUGCUGGCGCAAGCCGCGGGCGAGUCAGCCCCAGUCCCACCAGCCCUAGCCCAACCAGCCGCAGCCCAGCCUCUCGAAGCCGCAGCCCCCGCUGGAGCACCGCCGGCGCCUCGGAGGCCGGCGGCAGCAGUCGGGCUGCCAGCCCCCGCCGCCGAAGCAGCGUCAGCGGCGGCGGCGGAUUUGGCGGCGGCCGCGGUGGCGGUGGUGGCGGUGGCGGCGGCGGCCGGGGUUCGGCGACGUCGCCGUCACGCAUCCCGGCGCCGCCGCCGCAGCAGCACCAGCGGCAACAGCAGCAGCGGGGCCGCAGCCUGGAUGGCGGUUUAUCGGCGUGGGUGGGUGCGGCUUCGCCUAGGGGCAUCGCUACGAGCCCCGGUGACGCCGCCGCCCGUGUCGCCGCCGCAUCGCCCGGCCGGCACAGGGCUCAGUCUGCGGCGGGGACAGCCGUGACGUCGCCAGCGAGUGGCGGCUCAGGGCUGGCAGAGAGCCUUGCUUGGGGCAGACAGGGAACCAGCUGGGCCCAGGAUGGGGGCGGAACCGAUGGACGAGGUGGUGUUGGCGAUGGCGAUGGAGUUGGUGGUGUUGGGAUGCAGCCAGCCACCAAUCUGACGGGGUCGGUUCAGCUGCCUCCCCAGCCUGAGGCGGUGACUACUGACAUCAUGGCCGCGAAGGGUGCUGGCACGUCCACCGCCACCGACACGGCCGCGAUCUGGGGCCCCGCCGCCUCCGCAGUGCUGUCCGCAGUCGCCCAGGCGCCGCUGCUGCCCGACACACAGCCCUUCGCACCCACCUCCGUGCCAGACGCCGCAGUCAACCCCAGCCGCAACCCCAGCCCUCCCACCACCUGCAACACUGCCACCAGCACCACCAGCACCACCGCACUGCGGGCCUCCGCCAACGGCGGUGGUGCCGGCAGCGGCGGCGCCGGCGGCAACACAGCCAUUGCCGCUGCCGGCAACACAGCCAUUGCCGCUGCCGCCCCCUGUGGCGGCCUGCCGCCCCACCACCCACUGGUGUACCUGCCCUCCACGGCCACGCUUCGCAGCAGCGGCAGCGGCGCCGCCGCCGGCGGCGGCGUGCCUGGGCUGCCGCUGCCGUCGUCGGCGGAGGCGUCAGGCUCACUGGGUCUGUCCUGGAGUGUGAGCUCUGUGGGUUGGGCCCGGCUGAGGGAGGAGGCAGACAGGGCUCUGGAAGCACUCAUGACGCAGGGGCAGCGGCAGGCGGUGCAGGUGCCGGCGCCGGUGCCGGUGCCAGCAGAGCAAGCGGCGGCAAGAGGGACUAUGCCGAUGCCGAUGCCCAUGCCUGUGGUCGCAAGUGCGGGGGCCGUCACUUCGCAGGCUGGGGCCCCCGGGGCCGGGACGGAUGCGGAGGUGGCGGGCGCUGCGGCAGGACCCGUGCCCGACGUGGCGGCGGAGUGCGAGGCGGCGGCGGCGGCGGUCCGCCGGCUGACGGCAGCCCUGGCGGCUGCUGAGGCAGCGGCGGCGGAGGCGGAGGAGCGGGACUACGCCGCAUAUGUCGAAGCCCGGGAGUCGGGCGGGGGCGCGGGGGCUGCAGGUGCAGGCCCAGGUGCGGAGGCCGGCAGCAGCAGCAGCAGUGGCCGUGGUGGCAGCAGUAGCAGCGGUGGUGGUGGUGGUGGUGGCGGCGGUGGCGGCGCCACGGGUGUUCGCAGCCUGAGCCUUGCCGGCGACGGUUGCGGCAGCAUUGGGAGCUUGGGCAGCGGCAGCGGCUCUGGGUUCCUGCUCGGCGCGGGCGACAGCGCGGGGCCCACGAGCGCGGGAGAGCUGUCGGGUGAGGGGGUGCGGGCGCGGGAGAGGGAGUGUGAGGGAGGUGCGGCGGGCCACGGCCAGCCUUGCGCCGGCUCCUGGCAGUCGGUUGCGGGCGUCGCCGCGGCGGCGGCCCAGGGGGAGGAGGAGGCUGGCGUGGAGGCGGAGGACGGGUCGGGCAGCUGCUGGGCAGGACACGGUGGGGACGUGCGCUGGCUGCCAGAGGCGGCUGACGCGGUGGGGAGCGGUGCCGCCGCGGAGCUGUCCUCGCCUACCCACGGCGUGGCAGCUGUGCCGGUGUCGCCGCCGCCGCCGCGGCUGCCGCUGUCUCCCGGGGCCCUGGACACGCCGCUGUGCCUUACCGCCUCCCCCGCCGCCGGCGCCGCCGGCGCCAUCGCCGCAGCGACGCGAUCCCCGGGUGCCGGCAGUGACCCGCCUUCACCACAGCUGUGCCUCUCGCCAUACCUGCCACCGGCUGCGGCCGGCAGCAGCACCGUGGAGUUUGGCUCGGGCUUUGGCUUCCUCGGCACAGCGCCAACGCAGCCCCCGCCAGACCAGACGCCGCCGGUCGCUGGCGGCAGCCAUGAGGGUGGCGGCGGCGGCGAAGCUGAGGCACCGGGCACCACCUUUUAUUUGGCGUUGUCGAGGGCGCCGGGGUGGGCGAGUGAGAGCGGGCGGGGCGCGAGGGAGGAGGCGCAGCAGGCGGCCGGGCCGGCAUGGACGCACGCGGUGGCGGCGGCACAGCAGAAGCUGCAGACCCAGAAGGGGCUGCGGGCAGAGGCGCACGCCGAUGACGAUGACGAUGCUGUCGGCUUCGGCUUUGCAGCGGCGGUUGCAGCGGGUGGGAUACGCGUUGGUGAUCCGCAGCCAAAGGCACGGAGUCUGCUAGGGGAGCAGCCAGAUGGUGAGGAGGAUGGAGGGGCAGGUGGCGCUGCGGGAAGCGACGGCGGCGGCGGCCCUGGCUCCGGGUUUGGUUUUGGCGGCUUCGCCCCCGGCGCAGGGGAGGGCGGCGGAGGCGGCGCCGGCGGCGGCCCGCUGACGGUCUUUGGAGCCGCUUUCGGCGUCCCAGCGAGCACCUGUGGCGAGGCCCUAGGACCAGGCGAUGAAGCGCCUGCCGCCGCCACGUCGGCAGGUGCACUUGUGGGGCAGGAGCAGGAGCAGGUAGGGAGCGAAGCGGCGGGGGAGGAAUCCUUUGAGGAGGUGUGCACACCCGUGUCACACGCCCACCGCGCCGGCAACCCUUUCGCCGCGGCCGCCGGCGCCGAUACGGGUCGCGGCGCGGACUCGGCCGGCGGCGCCGCCGCCGCCCCGGCGCCUCCGCAUGGCCCUUCAGCCGCCUGGGUACAGCAGCAGGUGGAGGGCGGCGGCAGCAGCCACAGCAGCCACCCCCACCCCCAGCACAAUCACCAGCAGCAGCAGCAGCAGGGCAGCUACAGUCUGGGCGGCGCCAUGAGUCGUUCUCUGGGCUUCUCGGCCUUUGGCAGCCCCGACCCGCCGCGCGCCUCACCCACAGCCUCCACCACCGCCACCGCCUAUGAGGCUUCCAGCGGCGCCGCCGCAGUGCUGAGUUUCAGUCCCGGCCCGGGGACGGGCCUGAGCCCGGGGCCGGGGGCAGGGGCGGGGGCUGGAGGCGCUGGGUUUGGCACGCUGGUGACGCCAGGCACCGGCAGUGGAGGCGGAGGGAUGUUAUCAACAGCGGCGGCUCGGCUGCCGAGGUCUCCAGAAGCGGACUGGCGCAGUGCUGCCGACAGCCUGGGGUCCACACCGUACAGGUCCAUCUACGAGUUCCGCGGAGCCAGCGGCGGCGGUGACGGCGGCGGCGGCGCCCUGGACGCAGCCGCGGGCAGCAGCACGGUAUCCACCCCUGGGCGCUCGCCGGGCGCAGCCGGAGUCCUUGCGCGCCACCACCCACGAAGUUCGCCCAGCCGGCGGCGGGACUCACCGCGCCGCGCCAGCACCGCCGGCGCCCCGCAGGGUGUGGGGGCGGCGCUGCUGGCAGGCGUGGGCCGCGGUUGGCGCCGCUUCCGAGACGUGGCCGCCUCCGUCGCGCGCUCCGCCUCGCCCUCGCCCUCGCCGGCGCCCUCGCCGCUGGCAUCGCCGUCGCCCGGCCCCAGUCUCGGCGGCGGCGGCGGCUUUGGCGGCGGCGGCCGUGACGACGGAGGGGGAGGCGUCUUCGGCGGCUUUGCGAGUGUCAGGUACAACCGAGGCGUUGGCGGUGUGGGAGGCAGCGGUGUGGGGGGCAGCCCUCUCAGUCCGCUGAGCCCCCUCAGUGCCUCAUCUGCACACGGCUCCGCCGCCUGGGCUGCCUCGCCCUCGCCCUCGCCCUCGCCCCUGGGCUCGCCCUCCCCCUUCCCUUCCAACCCGCUGCACGAGCAGCACCCGCGCCAGCACCGGCACCACAGCCGGGGCCACGACCGGCGCCGCGGCCACGACCGGCGCCGCGGCCACGACCGGCCGGCGGCGGAGCAGGCGGCCUCGGACGCGGAGCGGCACAGCCGCCGCGCCGCCGACCUUGGGGAGCUGGCGGCGGGGGGGCUGCUGGGGCUGGCCAGCCCGGGCGUCAGCCCCUCGGUGGCGGCGGAGGCGAGCGCCGGCGGCUGGGACAGCGGCGGCGACCUGGGAGGCGGGGGAGGAGAAGGCGGGAGGCGGGGAUGGGGUGGUGGAGGGGGUGGUGGAGGUGGUGGUGGUGGUGGGGCGGUGGUUCGGGGUGGAGGUAGCGAGCAGAGCGAGUGGGGAGGCGUGCGUGGGUUGGGUGGGGCAGGGGGUGGGGGUGGGAUGGGCAGCGGGGCGGGUGAUGGCGCGGGCAGUGGCGGUGGCGCGAGUGGCAGUCCGCGGAAGCGAGUGCGCAGCUUCACCGGGUUGCUGCUGGGCGCGGCGGAGGAGGGCCGCGCCAAGUCAGGGCGGCGGGGUGGCGGCGGCGGCGGCGGCUGACCGGUGGCCUGAGGGCUGAGGCGCGCUGCAAGGGCGCUGCGAGGGGCAGGUGUUGGAUCGUGUGUGCAUGGGGCGUGGUGGUGCGGGACUGUGGAGUGCGGGGCUGCGGGCACUGGGCAUAGCGGCGUAGCGGCGGAGUCCUGAGUACUCGAGCGGGGGGGGCAGCGGCCGCACGGAGCUGGAGUGUAACACGCAGUGGGGCACCGGUGUGCCGUAUGCAUGCAAGGGGUGCACGGGACUGCGGAAGGACGCAAGCUGGGGCCAUGUGGGAUGGCGCGGAGUGGGCUGGCUGCUGGCUGGCAUCAGAGGUAUAGAGGCCUAGGGCAGUGGAGGCACUGGGGAAAUGGAGGGAUGGCGUGGCGUGGGGUGAGCCGCCAAGGGCAGG